AUACACACAUAUGUAUGCUUAUACGUCGAGCGUGCUUGACAUUCGUUUCACAUUGCGUCUCGGAGCCCCGGCUAUAACUUGGAUUCGCGAAAAAAAUGCGGUUUUCUCGUUUCUUCAUAAGAUACAAUUGAUCCAGUGCCUAGAGUAUUGAGUACCGUUCUUGGAAUUAAAGCUCAACGAGCUUGCUAUUUAAAGUAAAAACACAAAAUGCGUAGUAGAAGUAAUUCUGGUGUCCGUUUGGACUAUUAUCAACGAAUCGUUCACAAAAUAAUUAUGAAUCAUCAGAAUCCUGUUACCGGACUCUUUCCUGCAAGCUCUGAUAAUAAUCAUGCCUGGAUACGGGACAAUGUUUAUUGCAUACUAGCUGUAUGGGGUCUAUCAAUGGCCUAUAAAAAGAUAGCAGAUGUUGAUGAGGAUAGAGCGAAAACUUACGAAUUGGAACAAAGUUGUGUGAAGCUAAUGAGAGGUCUUCUAAUGGCAAUGAUGCAACAGAAGGAAAAAGUGGAAAAAUUCAAGUCUAGUCAAAAUCCACAUGAUGCUUUGCAUGCAAAGUAUAGUUCUACCAAUGGUCAAACUGUGGUUGGAGAUACCGAAUGGGGACAUCUUCAAAUUGAUGCAAUUUCUCUGUAUCUCUUAAUUUUAGCUCAAAUGACAGCGUCUGGCUUACAGAUCGUUUUCAACUUGGAUGAGGUGGCCUUUAUUCAGAAUUUGGUAUUUUAUAUUGAAUCUGCCUAUUGUACUCCAGAUUAUGGAAUUUGGGAAAGAGGGGAUAAAACAAAUCAUGGUUUGCCGGAAUUAAAUGCAAGCAGCAUCGGAAUGGCCAAAGCUGCAAUGGAGGCAAUGAAUGAAUUGGAUUUAUUUGGAGCAAGAGGUGGACCUACCUCAGUUAUUCAUGUUUUGGCUGAUGAGGCACAGAAAUGCCAAGCCGUGCUACAAUCCAUGUUGCCCAGAGAAUCGAACUCCAAGGAAUUAGAUAGUGGCUUACUGUCAAUCAUAAGUUUCCCUGCAUUUGCAAUGGAUGAACCUAAUUUGAUUCACGAGACACGCGAGACUAUUAUUAAGAAAUUACAGGGACGAUAUGGUUGUAAAAGAUUUUUAAGGGAUGGAUAUAAAACGCCUAAGGAAGAUGUAAACAGAUUGUAUUAUGAACCGUGGGAACUUCGUAUGUUUGAGAAUAUCGAAUGUGAAUGGCCACUGUUCUUCUGUUAUUUAAUAUUAGACUAUUGCUUCCAAGGUAAUAAGGAAGCAGUUGAGAUGUAUACCAAACAAUUGGAGGAAGUAAUGAUUAAAACAGAGGAUAGUAUGAAAUUAGUACCUGAAUUAUACUCUGUUGCUCCUGAGAAUGUGUCAGCGGAAUAUGCCGAACCUGGUAGUCAAAACCGAAUAGCUUUAGGCAGAUGUCCAUUUAAAUGGGCGCAAUCUCUUUACAUUUUAGGAAAAUUACUACAAGAGGGAUUUCUUGCAGUUGGCGAGUUAGAUCCCUUAAAUAGGCGAUUAUGUAGUGAAAAAAAGCCGGAUGUUGUGGUACAAGUAGUUAUUUUAGCAGAAGAUACAGAAAUUAGGGAAAAAAUUGCACAACACGAUAUUCAUGUACAAACAAUUGCAGAAGUUGCACCGAUUGAAGUACAACCUGCAAAAGUUCUCAGUCAUUUAUAUACGUAUUUAGGACGUAACAAGAAACUGGGAUUGUCUGGACGUAAAUCAAGAGAUGUGGGAAUUCUCAGCACUAGUAAAUUAUAUUCCUUACACGAUAAGAUAUUCGCGUUCACACCGCAGUUGACAGAUAUGACCCGCUUCUACAUCGCAUCGGACUAUGAGCUCAUGAUUGACAUAUUCAAAGGUGAAAUUAAUUUCUUGAAGUCUAGUUGGCAGAAUAUGUUGGGCCGACCUCUUGUGGUCAUGCCCCUCAAGAAUAUUCAUCUAGAUCAAGGUAAAAUACCAUUAGCCAUGAUAACUACCAUGAAAAAGCUGAAAAGCGGUUACAUCAACGGUACUAGAGUGUCAUUGGGAAAUUUGAAUGAUUUCUUAAGUACAUCGUGUAUCACGAAUCUUAGUUUCUUGGGAAGUUCUGAGGACGGUCGUCCUGACAAAUUAAAUCCUCAGGUUCAGCAAUAUUUGGAGGAACAUUUAAUGCGGCCAUUCCCUCAUCGCACGGGACUUCUCAAUAAACCCGGCCCAAUACGUACAGCGAAAAAUCUACGGCGUAGAAUGUCCGUGAAAGGCGCGAUAAAAAAGACCCGAUCCAUAGCUGUCGAACCUGCUGUGAUUAUUAUCAUCUUCCAAGAACCUGAAAUUCUUGGAAUGGCAGGGGAAGACCGUAGACAUUCUACUGUUUUAAUUGUAAAUCCAUUUAUUGAAGUGACGGAUACUACAUUAUCUCUCAAUGCUACCCAACCAGUGCCGAUUGAGCGUACGCCAUCGCCAACAGAUGAGCUACUGUCAUGGAAAAAUUCUCCUAAAGCCAAACAUAGAACAAUAUCCGAGACCCAGUAUGCAGAGACUGAAGUGGAGGAAUUGCUAUCUAUGCUACGUGAAACAGAAAGUCUCGAAGAGCAAGGAGAUAUUUUGCAAUAUAUUGUGGACUCGAAGGGAUUACAUUUUGAUACGGGCGUACUGGAAGAGGGACAUCCUGUUCUGGUGAAGGAUUUGUUGAAGAGUCUAUACGAAAAAGCUUGUCAACAGAAGAUGUGGGGUAUCGUGCGACAUAGUGCGGGUAUGUUGGGUAAAAGGGUGGAAGAUCUAGCGAAAGCGGUUACUGAUCUAUUAGUGCGACAAAAACAAGUUACCGUUGGUAUGCCACCGAGUAACGAGCACACGAUAGUCGCACCUCUACCAGAAAACGAACUACGAGCUCUGAUCCAUCAGGCAUACGGUGAUGAUGAGUCAACUGCUAUGUUGACACAGGAAUUGCUAGUCUAUCUAGCAAUGUUUAUUAGAACGGAGCCACAAUUAUUUCUUGAGAUGCUAAGAUUGCGUGUCGGUUUAAUCAUACAAGUUAUGGCAACGGAACUGUCACGAACAUUAAUCUGCACCGGUGAAGAAGCUUCUGAACAUCUAUUAAAUCUCUCUCCCUUUGAGAUGAAAAAUUUACUGCAUCAUAUUAUGAGUGGAAAAGAAUUUGCUAUUAGCAGUGUUGGCCGUGGCAAUUUCUCCGUUAUUAGCUGCAAGUCAAGUAGAGUCAGCAAGAAAUCUCAAAUUGGUGGUUUCUUAAGCGCUGAUCAAAAUGUUGAGAGUGCUGAAGCAGAAAUAGAUCGACAAGGUCAAUGGUUACGAAGGCGACGAUUAGAUGGUGCGUUGAAUAGAGUACCGAGAGAUUUCUAUCCGCGUGUAUGGCAAGUGCUUGAAAAGUGUCAUGGUUUAGCGAUUGAAGGAAGAGUGCUGCCUCAAAAUCUCACACAGGAAAUGACAUCUGGCGAAUUGAAAUUUGCAUUGGCCGUAGAAACUGUUUUGAAUACUAUACCACAACCGGAAUAUCGUCAACUCGUUGUCGAAGCUUUGAUGGUGUUAACGUUAGUGACUGAAUAUAAUAUCGUACCAUCUUUAGGUGGUCUAAUCGAAGUUGAACAUUUGGUACAUAAAGCAAACGCUAUUUUCUUAGAAGAUCAGAUGGCCAUCGAUGGUGAUGCGACAUUAUGUUGUGCAAAACCAAAGGAGCAACGCGAAAUGACACCUAUGGGGACACUCCUCUGUGGUGGAGCAGCAUACAUUUGUCAGCAUUUUUAUGAUUCUGCACCCAGCGGAAGUUAUGGAACAAUGACCUAUAUUACAAGAGCCGUCGCUGUAACGCUUGACUGUUUACCAAAGGAUGGUGAUUUAGAAUGCUCAAUAUCCUAAUAUAAUUUUAAAAAUAAAUUUUCUUCAAUU